AGACUUUCUAUUAUAUUUGGCUUUGACAGAAAAUAGUGGACUUUUGAAUUCUUAUAAAGGACAAAUGAUUAAACAUAUGAAAAUGCAUUAUUAUUUGCAGNAUUAAUAAGUAUAUAAUAGAUAGAAAAAGUUUUUAAAAAGAAAGAGUGAUAUAAAUAUUGUUCAGAAAAUGAGAUAAAUUUAAAUAGAUAUUUUUGUAAUAAAAUGUAAGGUGAGAAGAGAAUAAUUGAAUGGAAUGAGUUAGCAGAUCAUUGUAAUCGUACAUCACUUUGGGUGGUGAUAGAAGGAUAAGUGUUUGAUGUAACAACAUAUUUAGCAGAACAUCCAGGAGGUGAUGAUAUUCUGCUUAAAUAUGGUGGAUUAGAUGGGACUGAAAAGUUCAAAGAAAUGAACCAUUCUAAUUAUGCUCGUUCUCUAAGAAAUGCUAGAUUAGUUGGAACACUUACUUCAGAUUCUUAACCAAGUGAUUACUUAAAGAUUGUCAAAUCUAAAAAACAAAAAGUAUAAGUGUGAUAAUAACCUUAGAAUAAUGUUAAUCCAAAUCGUUAAAUUACAUGGGAAGAAUUAGCAUAGCAUAAUACAAAAGAUGACUUAUGGAUGGUGAUAGAAGGAAAAGUUUAUGAUGUUACAGAUUUUUAAGAUGAUCAUCCAGGAGGUCCAGCAAUUUUAUUGGGAAAAGGUGGUGAUGAUGCAACAGCAGCAUUCCACGACGCAAAUCAUUCUCAAAGUGUGUUCAAGUAAUUGGAAACAUUAUAAAUUGGGGUCAUACACGGUAUAAAUAUAUUAAUAUUUUAAAGGAGUGAAACCAAAAGCAAGUGGAAGCAGUUCAAGUACAAGUGCAGUUUUCUUUAUUCUUUUGAUUUUGGCAAUUGCAGCAGGAAUAUUUUUUAUUAGAAAUUAGAAUUAAACAUAAUGAAAAUUAUAAAUAAAAUUAUAUAAAUAAUUUAAGG